ACUCGAGCUCAACGAACAAACGGUGGAUUCACGCGGUCAUGUAUGGACGUACGUUUUACGAGUCGCUCUCGACUCCCAGCCGUUUUUCACCUGGUGUCAAAUCCACUGGUUAGCUAGUGAUUAGUGUGAAAUAUCUAUAGAAUUAAAAUAAUAAUAAAGAAUUGUGCUUGCUGUUGUGUGAGUUUAGAUGAAUCUUCCUGUGCAGUGGUUUUAUUGACUCAAAAAGUAAGACGUACUUUAUUUGAAGUCAUAUGUUUUAUAUGAGAAACUAUAUGAAUGAGUACGAUGUGACGGGGAAUUAUCAAUGCUUGUGGUUUUUAGCUGAAUGAGAAGUGUUAAUUGGUCGCGAAUUCAUCACCGGUUAUUUAGUGCAAACUACACCGUAGAUAGCCGGAUAUCAUAUAUCAGGAAAUACUGUAAAUAUUGUAGUAAAUUUUCAUAUCCUUUGUCGUGAAGAAUAUUGUGCAAAAUCGUAAAUUCACAAGUGUUAGUGUGCUAAACUGACGCAUCGAGAAAAUAAACAGCACAGCACAGAACGCAAAGAGCAGGUCGAGUCAAGAGUUUAUUGACAUUUCUAAUUCGCUAAACCCUUUGUUGUUUGCAACAGUUUCGUGCUGGGUAAAGUUUCGAAAAUUAUUCAACCACGACACUCGCGGCAUAUCGAUGGGAAAGUGAAUUGAAAUGCUCCUACAUUGAAUUGCAAAAAUAAUUAAAAACAACGCGAAAAGUCUUGUGUAAAAAUUGACUACCGAAAUCAGCCAAAUGCUUCAUGUGAAAAGAGAAACAAGAGAAAAGAAGUUGGCACAUCUACCAUAUUAUAGCGUGAUGCGUAUCAAAGCUUCAGCUUCAGCUGGUUCGAAAAUAAUGCUGACAAUCCACGCGAGAGAAAUUGCAUAAAUACACGUCGAUUGCUAGCUGGAUGUAAUUGUAGUAAACAGUGUAUGAACGGUACGGAUCUUUUGCAAACAGUUUAGGUGAUUCGAAAUCCUUGUGAAAGAGUAGAUAUUACUAGAUAAGCGAAUUUAUUAUCUAGUGCUUAUCUCUAGAGAACCCGCACUUCUUCGACAUCAAUUGGAACUCUGGCGUCGUGGGAGGAGGGUUAAUUUCCGUUGGUCAUGGAAUACCGUGGGAUACCUAUUCUUGAACCAAGAAUCACUGGAUCACAAAGUACGUCCGUCAAUCGACUGUUCCACAGAAGCACACAUAUGAUUGGCUGGUGAGUGGAAUUUCCUGCACGUUUGUACUACUAAACAAAUCUACGAUUUAAAACAAUUGAAAGAAUAAUACCUGUAAAUUGAUUCGACAACUUCAAAGCCGGAAACGAGUCGAGAAAGAGUAUAGAAGCAGUAACUUUGGUUAAGAAGUGGAAGCAAUAUUCCACCAUCAAAAUGACUCUCUAUUGGUGGACGCAUUGGUUUUGGAUCACCGUCUGUGGUGUGAUCCUGAUCGAAUGCACCCCACUCAGUUCCAUCGAUUCUUACCCCAGCAAGCUAUCAAAACUAGAAGAGAACAGUAACAAAUCUACAUAUCUGAAGCGUGCUGGACCCGGAUCCUCGUUCAUAUCAUCACUUCCACCGAUGGCAGCCGCUUCCAGCGGACAACAACCGUCGCCUACCAACACCGGAUCUCCGGCAGCUCCAACUGUGAACAGUAUUGUUUCGGAUGAAGCUUUCGUUCAACCGCAUCAGCAAGAUAUCGAUGACACGUUUGCCGGAGGAAGUUUGGCUGACACAGACUUCGGACCAGACAUUGUCAGAUACACUAGAACAGGUGUCGAAGCAAGCAGUACAGUUUCGGUCGUUGAAAACGUGGCCGAGAGCGACAUAGAAAAGACAAUUUCAUCCACGGUUCCUACUCCAGUUGCUGGAGCUGGACGGUUGAAGAAGAACGGUACUAUUUUCACCAGAAAUGAGCAGAACAUCACAACACUAAAGCUGAAAAAUUACAACCGCGGAAUGGAAAAGGAAGACCUGAAGGAAUCAUCUCGUCUUCCCAAUCGUGGUACUCGUCUGGUAGAAACUCUCAUGUUGACAGCGGUCGACAACAGCACGGAUGCGGCUCUACUGACCCUUGAGCAUGCAUCCGAUGCAGAGCUGGUUAACGAAGACGAUAACGACACCAGCAAUAUUACCAACGUUAACAUUCCCGAAGAUUCUCCCGAUAACAACGCAACAUUACCAGCGGAACCGGAACACAUAGCGGAAGAUGUUGUUGCCCUUCAACCGCCUACAUCAUCCAGUGAUAGCAACAGUAGCUUUAGUAGUAGAAGUAGUAGUAGUAAUAGUAACAUUUACAAUAGUACUAAUAGAGAUAGCAGUAGUAUUGAGAGAGACAUUCCUGACAGUAGCCAUAGUGAUAGUACGAGUAGUGUUAGCGUUAGUGCAAGCGAUCGACGCAUCGGGAAGAUCCUUUCUUCUGAUUUCCGGGACUUUGUCAGCAAUGGCAACAACCCAAAUGCUAGUAGCUAUAUCUCAAGGGCUAUAGCGUUCUCGACCCAAAAUCUGCAGGAAGGAAUUGACGACCAGGAUCAUCCGCUGGAGGAUGACGACUAUAGACGAAGUUCACGCAGUCAGCAGCGACUGAAUGUGGGUGCAAUAUCCGGGAUCUGUUUGGCUUCGCUUGGACUGCUUUCGGGCCUUUCAGCAGUCUUAAUUAUUCUGUAUCGGAGAUAUUUGUACAUAAACAAACCGCAAACACUAAGCGAACCGGACUCCAGCGGGUACAUUGACGACAGUACCAUCCGGGACAAUUCGGACGAGAUGUACAGCUUGGAUAAUGACUCAUUUCUAAACUCGCUCGAGGCAAUGACGAUUCAAAACUACUGGACGGAUAACGUGAAGCACACGAAGCUUUAGAGCGGACAGUGAUUCAUCAAAUACCGGUCUACUGUGGUCAGUUUAUUGACUACAGAAAAAAAGGAAUUCAAUUUUUACACUUAAAUUUAGUACUUACACUAUUUAUAGAUUAUUCUUAUUGAUUGCAAUCAUUCCGUCGUGAGCCGUCCCUAAUAGUGAUUAAAAGAUCUUAAAGAUUUUAUAUUUGUUCUCAGUUAGUUCUACCUCAUUCAUUUAAAAUUUUGAAUCAGUUCGAAGCAGUUAUUACUGGGAUAUAGAAAACAACAAAAAUUAAAAAUUUUCGUUUGAUAAUUUUUUUAUGCUUGAACAGUAUUGUGUGUACAAAUAGUUUUGGUUGAUUUCAUAAAAGAUUGACGCCCUACGUAAAUACUAGAUCCUACUGCUCUAGAUCCAUUCCGUUGUUCAUGAUUAGAACCGAAAUCGUUGGAUCGGAUCGUGGAUCAAAAAUAGACGAUAUUUUAAAUCUCGCUACCUGAAAGUUGAGAAAUAAUUAUAGGCAAAACCACAAUAUUUUAUAGCAACAAAAAAUCCUCAAAACUUAUUUGUACACUCAAUAAAAAAUUACACAUGAACUUAAUUUCAUUUAGAAUUCCGCACGAUCGUUGAUCUAGUAAACCUGUAACUGAAUAGUAUUUUUCAAAAAUUGUGAUUUAAAACAGUUAGUUGAUGAAAUGAAGGUUAUAUGAAUGGGUAGAAUAGGAACGAAGUGAAAUAUAUUUAUAGACAUAAUUGACCAGCAGAUUGGAUAGAGUUUGAGAAAUAAUAAAUGACCGAAGCGUCUCUUGAGGUUCAAAUUUGAUUUUAAGAAUACUUAAUCGUGAUGUCAAUGUGCUUAAAUUGUCAGAUUUUCAUGCAACUGCUAGUUUUUCGAUGUGGAAUAUGAAUUAUGGGAAAAAAUUUUAGUUGCAGAAAUCGAACAAUUUUGUGAUUCCUUAAUUUUGUGAAUAAUCAGCACGCUUUAUUGGA